UUAUCGCGAGAUAUUGCACGCGAUAUUUUUUUUCAUGGCGGCGCCCGUUCACUAGGUCUAAUAACGCUUAGAAAUAACAGUUAAUAACGUGUAUGGACAUUUAUAGCUUAUUGAAGAUUAGUUAUAAACAGCAGAAAUUGUUGGAGGGGAGCUUGUUUGCAUAAAACUAGUGCAGAGGAAACAACAAGAGACAUUCCAGGAAAAAAAAAGCAACAGGACACAACAAAGACACUAUCAGUCGGAUAAUAAAGCAGAUAUGUAAGGGUAAAAGCACAGAGUUCAACACAUCCAGAGCCUUGCUGGACCUUCAUAAUGUGCAUGGACCAGAAAUCCUUGCAACACCACUUCCUGCUCCAGUUUCAACACCUCCAGAAAUUAUUGGGGUUUAUGUAAUGAAACCAGAGGCCCUUGAUUAAAGAAGCUCCAUAAUGAACCACCAGGACCAAGAACUUUCCAUAAAGGAGGAGGAAGAGGAAUUUCCAACCAGUCUCGCUACUGACGUGGAUCAGCUGUUGGUGGUGAAAACAGAAGCUCCAGAUGAAUGGUCCUGUGCUCUUGACUAUCAGGACCCAGAAAACAACAUAAAAGAGGAACUCUCUAACAGCCCAUUGGCCACUGAUGUCCUGCAGCUGUUGGUGGUCAAAGAACAGGCUCCUGAUGAAUCAGGCCUCAGAACUACACAGGAGGGACCUGAACUUCAGGUAAAACAGGAAGAGGAGGAAGAAGAAGCCAGUCCAUUGACUGAUGAUGUCAAGAAGCUGUUUGUGGUGAGAGAAGUCCCCGAUGAAUGGAGCUUCACUGCAACCCAUAAAAACCCAGAAUCUUUCCAGUGUGAAAACGAAGAUGAGGAUCACUCUAAUGGCAGUAGUGAUUUCCAUGUCAACUAUGAUGACUGGCAGACGGAGACAGUGCAAGAACUGGAGGAAAAUAAUGAUGUGGGAUAUAACACUGCCAGGAAAUUUUCUAGCUGUUCUAUCUGUCGUAAGCAGUUCCUCUACCAGGAGGCUUUUCAGAAACACAUGAAAUCCCAUUUAGAAAAAAGCAGUUUAAGUUUCCAGGUUACCGAGAAAGGCUUUAUUGUAAAGAAGGAUUUAGAAUCAGAGACAGUAGAUUCAGAGAAAGAAUUUGGUUGCGACAUUUGUGGUAAAGCUUUCCACAAAAAAUCGUACCUUUAUAGACACAAGCGAACCCACACAGGAGAGAAAUCUUAUCGCUGCGAUAUCUGCAGUAAAACAUUCAUGGAUAAGUCAACUCUUAACAAACAUAUGAGCAUUCACAGUGGUGAGAAAGCCUUUGGUUGUGAUGUUUGUGGUAAAACAUUCAUCCAAAAGUCCAAUCUUUAUAAACACAAAAGAAUCCACACAGGAGAGAAACCGUUUGGCUGUGAUGUUUGUGGUAAAGCGUUUAUUUAUAAGUCCAUCCUUAAUGGCCACAUGUUGGUUCACACCAGAGAAAAAUCAUUUGGUUGUGACGUGUGUGGUAAAACAUUCACAGAUAAAUCCAAUCUCCAUAAACACAAGGGAAUCCACGCAGUUGAGAAGUCUUUCGAAUGCGAUAUAUGCAGUAAGUCAUUCAUCAGUAAGUCUACCUUGAAAAGACAUGUGGGGAUUCACGCAGUGGAUAAACCUUUCCGUUGUCUGGUCUGCGGGAAAACCUUCCACCAGAAGGUAGUUCUUAAUAGACACAUGGGAACCCACACAUUGGAAAAAUCCCUUGAAUGUGAUGUCUGUGGUAAAAUGUUCAAACAAAAGGGGCACCUUGAUACGCACAAAAGAAUUCACACUGGUGAGAAACCGUUUAUCUGCGAUGUGUGCGGGAAAGCAUUCAACCGCAAAGAAAGGCUUUGUUCUCAUAAGAGAAUCCACACCGGAGAAAAACCGUUUGGUUGUGAUUUCUGUGGUACAAUGUUUAAUGACAGCUCAACUCUUAGAAAACACAUGCGGAUUCACACUGGAGAGAAGCCUUUUGGUUGUGAUGUUUGCGGUAAACAAUUUCGGUUCAGAUCUAAUGUCAAAAAGCAUAUGAGUACCCACACAGAACAGAAAGUUGCAGUUGAAGAUUUGGUAUGAUUAAAGAUUUUGUGCAGUGUUUCCCACUAGGAAUGUCAACUUGGAGGCCAGGACGAACUGACGCAAACACUUAAUAAAGAUGUUUCUUUUAAAAAUAGAAACAUUAUGAUUGUCGUAGUUAAUAUCUACAAGUUCAACAGAAUAAUGCUAAGCUACUAAGUGAUGUAUGAUGAAAUACUUCUGUCGUUUUUUUAGGAUUUUACUUCGCUAGCUCCUGAACGUUGAUGCAAAUUUCUGUAUGCCUUCUACCAAAAGAACGCCUAUGCUAUAACCCGGAAAAAAAAAAAAAAAAAAAAAAA